UCCUUUCCAAUCCACACGUCCAGUAACAAAAAACCCAAAAAAAUGAACACUCCAAUAAAACUCGCCUUUCUAAUUCUAUGCAUCGCCCUAACCGCAACUGGAUUUAUAAUCCCAUCCAAACGUGACGCCGUCACACCGCAACACCUGAAAACCGUCGCAGGGAUCUGCGACGUUGUCCAAGACAAACGUCUCUGUAGCAUAACCCUGAACACUGUCCCAAGCAAUGACCCCGACGUUUUGGUCCGUCACUUAGCGACGGCUGCAGAAACCUCGGUUAAAAAGGGCUUGAAGUUCCUCUCUGGAAUCAAACCCAAGUACAAGGGAGACAAAUUUGCCACAACUUGCAUCACCAGUUGUGAGAAACAGCUAAACAACGCCUUGGAAGACUUUUCAGAUUUCUGGAAAGCCGCUGGAAAAGACAUCAAGAGCAUGGCCGAUAAUUACUUCACAUGCAAGAAGAAGAUGACAUCGAUCUUCAACUACCAAUCGACUUGUCUCGAUGACAUCUAUGACAAAACGUUGUUGAAAGAGGUUCAAGGAGGGAUUGGGCUCGGGAAAAGAAUGAGUGGCGAGUCUGUGGAUGUGUUCGCUGGAAUGGGCAAAGUCUUUAACACUCUUAACAUUAAGACCAAACUUAACCAGAAAGAUACCGAUUCGUUGCUCCCACCACCUUUGUCAUUUUACUACUACUGAUCUAUUUAUCGAAGAAAAAGCAUGGCAUCGUCUAUGGUGAUGAAUAAUCUGCAUCUUUUGGGUUUUUUUUUUUCAGUUAUGUUAGGAAUCUUGUAAAGAAAGGUUCCUUCUAAUGUAUGUUUGUGAUUAAUACGUUAUGGGUGAUAAUCAUGUAUGGACCUCGUGGUUGGAAAGGAUAUGGACAAAUGUGAUUAUAUAAUAUUAAUAACAUAUUUGGUAUAA